AUGGCAAUGAACUUACAGCAGGGAGAGAAUACAAUGGACAUCACACAGGCAUCUGAAAGCAUGUGCAUCUCGAGUUUAAAAGUAGGAGGACUCAUUAAAGGGUUCAGACAGGUAACCAAGUCUUUAAUAGGAGGCCGAUCUAAGCUCAUCCUUAUGUCAAGGGAGAUUAACGAGAAGAAGAUGGUUGCCAUUAUUGAUGGGUUAGUCAAGCAGUACGAUGUGCCAGUUCUAAAGAUAGGCACACACGCUGAGCUCGCCAGAUACGUCGGAAUCUGCAAAACAGACGAGACUGGAAACAUCGUAAAGGAUGCCAAGUGCGCAAUUGCUUCAAUUGAGGACUUCGGAGAGAACACUGAAGGAAGAGAUGUUUUAUUUGGAAACAUGGGUCUGACUGAGUAA